GUUGCAGUACACUACACACGUAAACAAUAUUUACAACAUAUAUAUACAGGAUGUCUGAAGAUUGGGAUACAGUGGUAAUCCGUAAGAAGCCCACACGCGCUUCGGAUGCGAAAAAGGCUUCUAACGUCAACGCUGCCAUCCGCAGUGGGGCUGGGGUCGAGACAAAUGAGCGUUUCAAUGGCUCUGGAAACAGACAGCACCAAUCUACAAAGGAUACCGCCAAGCUCGAUCGUGAGACGGAAGAGCUGAAACAUGCUACUGUCAGUGUAACCGUAUCGAAGGCACUUAUGCAAGCGAGACAAGCCAAGGGCAUGUCACAGAAAGAGCUGGCAACGAAAGUCAAUGAGAAACCUCAAAUUGUCAACGAAUAUGAAUCUGGAAAGGCCAUUCCAAAUAAUCAGGUUCUUGGAAAGCUGGAACGAGCUCUUGGCGUAAAACUCCGUGGUAAAAACAUCGGUGCUCCUCUGGUACAGGGUCCCAAAAAGAAGUAAUUUGCUGUACGUCAAUGGAUAUCUCGGAUCUUGGGAGGGUGAUGUGAUCGUCCUUUAGUUAGUUUUAGGUUCGAUUCAGUUGGAAUUCCUGGGUGUAGAUUGGACCCGAUUGCAACUGUUUCUCACUAAUAAAUUGGAAGGUUAGUUUCUG